CGCCGCGUGCGUUGUCGUGGAGAGGGACGCGGAGGCUACGGUGCGGGCGCGGCGGGGCAGUGGCAGCGGAAUAGAGACCCCCGGUUCGGUCCCACGCCCCCAGGGCGAGCCCCACAGAACCCUGUCUCGCCUCUGCGCCGCGUGGGUGGUCCCAGGGCCGCUGCCGACGGCGCCGGCAUGUCGGGCGAGUCAAGUACGCCCGGCGCCUCCCCCAGGGCCCCGCGUCCCGGGACCCUGAAGUCGUCCGGCACAGUGACCAAGAAGGGGGAUCGCGGGGCCAAGGAGAAGCCGGCCCCCGUCGUGCCGCCGGUGGGCGAGGAGGAGUCCAAGAACCCCGAGGAAUACCAGUGCACCGGGGUCCUCGAGACGGAUUUCGCCGAGCUCUGCACGCGCUCGGGCUACACGGACUUCCCCAAAGUUGUCCCCCGGCCUCGCCCGCACCCGACCUUCGUCCCCUCAGCCUCGAUGUCGGAAAAGACCGCCCAGGACGAUCAGCGCCUGUCGGCGUCUUGCAGCCUCAACAGCCUGGAGAGCAAAUACGUGUUUUUCCGGCCCACGAUCCAGGUGGAGCUGGAGCCCGAGGAGAAGUGGGUGAAGGAAAUCUACAUCCGCGGUUGGAGGGUGGAGGAGCGGAUCUUGGGCAUCUUCUCUAAAUGUCUGCCCCCCCUCAGCCAGCUGCAGGCCAUCAACUUGUGGAAGGUGGGGCUGACGGAUAAGACCCUGAGCACCUUCAUCGCCCUGCUGCCUCUCUGCGCAUCCACGCUCAGGAGGGUGUCUCUGGAGGGCAACCCGCUGCCGGAACAGUCCUAUCACAAGCUCAUGGCCGUGGACAGCAUGAUCACGCACUUGUCUCUGCGCAACAACAACAUCGACGACCACGGGGCGCAGCUGCUGGGCCGCGCUCUAUCCACGCUGCACAGCUGCAACCGGACCCUGGUUUCGCUCAACCUGGGCUUCAACCACAUUGGGGACGCGGGUGCUGGCUACAUCGCAGACGGCCUCCGGCUGAACCGCGCCCUGCUCUGGCUGUCGCUGGCGCACAACCGCAUCCAGGACCAGGGCGCCCUGAAGCUGGCCGAGGUCCUGCGUCCCUUCGAGCUGACGCACACAGAGGUGGUGGAGCGCCGCCGCCUCCUGCUGGAGAAAGGGACGCAGGAGCGCUCGCGAUCGCCUUCCUCCUCCCGACACGGGGAGUCCAAAGCUGACCGGGAGAGGAAUCCGCUGAUAGGGGUCAGCAGUGCUGCACUGACGGAAAAGCCCGACAAGACUCAGACUUCGAAGACCCUGAAAGGCCUGAGCAAGAAGAAGGAGAAGUCCGGGGAAUCGGUGAGGAAGGAGGAGAAGUCAGGGUCAGGGCAGUCACCUACACAAGGAACCCCCAAGAAAGAAGACCCUGCAAAGUCAGGCAAGGGGAAGGUCACCAUCCCAGAGCAGAAACCAAGCAAGGGGAAAGGGCCCAAGACUGGGAACAAAGAGAAGCGCAGCCUCCUGCUGGAGUCCGAGCAGGUGGUUGCUGAAGCUACGGAGAUGGUCAACCCUCUCCUGGAGCCCGCGGAGCACCGAGACGGGAAGGUGUUUCUGCCUGGGAACAAGGUCCUUUUGCACCUCAACCUCCUCCGAAACCGCAUCACAGAGGUGGGGCUGGAGGGCUUCCUGGCCUCCGUGCAGCACCAGGCCCAGUUCUCCAAGUCCAAGAGCCCAUCCAAGGGCCCGGUGGGGCUGCUGUGGCUGUCCCUGGCGAAAAACUGCUUCUCCCCACAAUGUCCUGCGUAUGCCAUGAUCCAGGAGCUGAUGCUGCCGAGGGACCCCAUCAGUAAGGCCAAGCCGAGAGAGGAGGAGACGGUGGCUUCCUCCACCUAGCCCCUCCCCCUUCCUCCUGGAGCCGCUGGGCAGCAGCAGCACCUCUGGUCCCUGCGAGGUGGGCUGGCCUCCCUGGGGGAGACCUCGGGUCACUAACAAGCUCUGUUGCUGUAUGUUUCCCCUUGAGAUUGUCUGAAAACUGUUCCAGAACUAC